UCUCUCACUCCACGGGAGCUGAGCGAGGAGCAGGACGAUGUUUGACAACACGCAGUACCCCUACAACUGCUUCAAUUACGAUGGGGAUGACUAUCCUACCUGUAGUUCUGAUGAAGAGAAAAAAUUCACCAGACCGGCAUACAGCUACAUUGCCUUAAUUGCAAUGGCCAUCCAGCAAAGUCCUUCAAAUAAAGUCACCCUCUCUGGCAUUUAUGACUUUAUAAUGAAGAAAUUUCCUUACUACAGAUCAAAUCAAAGAGCCUGGCAGAACUCCAUCCGACAUAACUUAUCGCUUAACAGUUGUUUUGUAAAGGUUCCCAGAACAGAAGGGAAUGAGAAGGGGAAAGGAAACUAUUGGAGCUUUGCAACGGGCUGCGAAUCCAUGCUGGAUCUCUUUGAAAACGGGAAUUACAGGCGAAGACGGAGGAGGAGGAACGUGAAAAGGGAACACAAGGAGCAGAGACCAAGCAGAGGGAAGAGUCCUUCAUCCCCCGGUAUGCCUUCUGUGGACUCGGCUUUAAACAGCAUUUCCUCUUCUGAAAGUAGACACGAAAGAAUCGAGUCGGGCCCGAGACUCCUGGAGCCUCGGGGCUUUGCUGCGAGCAGUCUGACCAGCAGGCAGAGCCUAAGCAAUUCCUCCUUGGCAAAAUCGGAUUCCGAAAUCAAAUUCAGCAUCGAUUACAUCCUCUCAGCCCCCGACCCUUUGCCUGUCCUGAGGUCUCAGUAUCACAUGCAAGAAAAUAAAUGUCAUCUACUGGAGGCCCAGCAAAUUAAUCUCCAGUUCUGGACAAUGUGAUGUUAUUUAUUGGUGGUGACACAGCCCGAGUCGUCCGGCAGCCUCACGCCACCCAAACCCAGCCGCCUGCAUCCUCCGUUCCUCCCCGAGCAGCGCUCAGAAGGGGGUACCCAUUCACCAGCUGAUUCUCUGCCGGUACCCAAAGGACUUCACCAAGAUUAGAGCAGAAAUAACAUUUCCCAGUAUCGGUUUUCACAAAAUUCUAGCUUUGUUUCCUGCACUGUCGUGGACGUCGUUGAACACCACAGAGAAUUUCCUCUCUCGAGCAGAAGCCGACAGAAAAGAGACGUGCUUAUCACCCGUUGCUUUAUUAAAGACAGAGUGAAUUUGAUUCCACUUUCACUGGUGGAAAUUAGGAUUAAUUCCACUGAAGU